AUGGCACACACUGUCAUUCUUAUCACUGGAGGAAACCGUGGUCUCGGGCUCGGGCUCGUCAAGCGCUUUUUAGCACGUCCAAACCAGACGAGUCAGGUCGUCAUCACGCCAGUGCGCAACCCGCAGCACAAGACCGUCAAGGCCUUGGGCGACCUGCCCAAGGGCGAGGGCAGCAAGCUGAUCCUAAAGGAGAAGCACGACAUCAAACACCUUGACAUUGUCCUUGCCAACGCUGGCGGUGGCUUUGUGUUCCCCUCGGUCGUGGAGGUCAAGCGGAGCGAGAUCCACGACCACAUGGAGCUCAAUGUUUACAGCGUGGUGUCGCUGUACCAGGCCACCCAUGACCUACUGAAGGAGUCUGCUGGUCAGGCCCAGUUUGCAAUCAUGGGGUCGAGUGCUGGCUCUCUUGGGUACACGCCAACCGGCCGUGCCGAAUGCGGCGUAUGGGGCAGCCAAGUCCACACUGCCUUGGUACGCUCUCCGUAUCAGCGCCGAGGACGAGUGGCUUAA